CGCUGACUGCAGCUGAGUAGUCGUGGAGGAAGCUACUUGCUAAACAAAAUCAACACAACAAGAUGGAGGUGGAGCAGCUCCUGUCUCUGUCAGGCUCGGCGCUGGCCCAGGCUAUCAGCUCUCUGCUGGAGACCCCAGGCCUCUAUGUCUUCUCCGACAUCCUGGAGCUGCCUAAUGUCAGAGAGCUGGAGAACGGCCCUCAUGCACCGGUGUACCAGCUCCUCAACCUCUUCGCCUAUGGAACCUACUGCGACUACAAAGAGAGAGCAGCCUCUCUUCCAGAGUUGACCCCCGCACAGAGAAAUAAACUCCGCCAUCUGUCCAUCAUCAGCUUGGCAUCCAACCUCAAGUGCCUGCCAUACUCGCUGCUCCUGCAGCAGCUGGAGCUGAAGAAUGUGCGGGAGCUAGAGGACCUGCUGAUCGAGGCCGUUUACUGUGACAUCAUCCAGGGAAAACUGGACCAGAGGAACCAGCAGGUGGAGGUAGACUGCAGCGUGGGUCGUGACCUCGGCCCCAAUGAGCUCCCAAACAUAAUCAACACACUGCAGGAGUGGUGCACGGGGUGUGAGGCGGUGCUGUGUGGUAUCGAGGAGCAGGUCUCGAGGGCAAACCAAUACAGAGAGAGCCAGCUGAAGGUCAAAGUUCAAGUGGAAACUGAGGUGUCAAACCUACAGAAAACGUUAAAGGCCAGCGCUGCCUCUCCAUCAUCGGGCCCCGCCCCCGCCGGAGCCGCCUCCAAUCAGGACGCAGACCAGCCAGCCGAGCCACGAGACCCCGCUUCCUCUCAGGAACCACGACAACCAGGAAAAAAAAGCUCCAAGGUGAAAGGGCUGCGUGGUAGUGGGAAAAUUUGGUCCAAGUCCAACUGAAGACAGGAGGCUGAAGACAGCUGCACUGAUGGACACUCUCACUGAUUAACGGACACGUGGACACCUUGUCGGAUAAACUGAUGUACAAAACAAUGUGACCAACGUUUGUGGACAUCCUCGUCACACUGACACCAAAACCAGGAAGCUUCAUGGGAACUUUUCUUGUCACUUAAUCUCACCUCGACAGAUUCAGAAACACACAGUGACUGAUGGAAAUGACAGGUGUGACAUCCACUCUUGCAGUUGAUAAUAGUCUAAGAGGCAGACUCUUAGAGUAUAUGCACAAACACACAUCAUCCAGACAGAGCAGUCUGCAGCAGGAGUCAGUUGCCGUUGACCUGAAACAGGAUCAGUGUAUUUAACGCGUACGUGUGUGUAUCUCUGUUGGUUUAAACAUGUUCUUUUGGUUUUGAUUAAUUCUGUGUUACUUUGUAUUUUUUUCUCUGCUGAGUUGAGACAUGUGUAAAAUCUGAAUUUGAAUUGUCAGGAAAUAAAAAGAAGCCCUGUACUUA